UGUCAGGACAUGCAGACCCCUCCAGUCUUUUGCCACUAUGUCUGAAUGGUUUAGAACACUACCAGUGGAGAGUAUACAUGGCCCUUUCUUGCUGCAGUUAGUGGAACAUUUACUGAAAGAGGCAGUUUUUGGUGGUACUAGAAGAGAGGAACCAGUUGUGAGGUGGCGAGAUCCACAGCGACUUCGUGACAUACUUCAUCUUACUCCUACAGAUAAACCUGCUUCACAUGAAGAACUGCUUCAGGAUGUGGCUGAUAUUGUGAGAUUCAGCACCAAGACUGGGCACCCAUACUUCAUUAAUCAACUGUAUUCUGGCCUUGAUCCAUAUGGACUGGCAGGACAGUGGGUUGCUGCCUCUCUUAAUGCAAGUGCAUAUACAUAUGAAGUGGCUCCUGUAUUUACCCUUAUGGAAAUGACAGUUCUUGAGAAAAUGAACCAGUUGGUUGGAUUUCCUGAUGGUGAAGGAGUUUUUUGUCCCGGAGGAUCUUUAGCAAAUGGAUAUGCUAUAAAUCUUGCACGGUACAGAUUUUCUGCUGACAUAAAGAACAAUGGCAUGAGAAAUGUACCACAACUGAUACUAUUUUCGUCUGAAGAUGCACAUUAUUCAGUUCACAAGAUGUCUGCUCUUUUGGGUAUUGGAGAACAAAAUGUUUGGCUCAUCAGUACAGAUGCAUGUGGAAGAAUGAAUGUUGAAGAAUUGGAAAAGAAAAUUGAAGAGAGUAUUUCAAAUGGUUAUGCUCCAUUCAUGGUUAUUGCUACAGCAGGCACAACAGUGUUGGGUGCAAUUGAUCCACUAAACCCUAUUGCUGAUUUGUGUGCAAAACAUUCUCUAUGGAUGCAUGUAGAUGCUGCUUGGGGUGGAGGAAUACUUUUUUCUCGCAAAUAUUGUUCAAAACUGAAUGGAAUAAACAGAGCAGAUUCAGUAGUAUGGAAUCCUCACAAGCUUUUGGCAUCUCCACAACAAUGUUCAGUUCUUCUUGUCCGCCACCCUGGUUUACUAAAAUCAUGCCAUGCUCGUGAAGCAGCCUAUCUCUUCCAAAAAGACAAGUUUUAUGACACCAGUUAUGAUAUUGGAGAUAAAUAUCUUCAGUGUGGUCGUCGUCCUGAUGUCAUGCAUUUCUGGCUUAUGUGGAAAGCAAAGGGUUCUGAAGGAUUUGAACAACAUGUAGACAGUUUGAUGGACUGUUCACAGUACCUUACAAGAAAGAUAAAGGCUCACAAAGCAUUUAAACUGGUUUUGGAACCUGAAUAUAUUAAUGUUUGCUUCUGGUACAUCCCAAAGAGGCUGCGAGGCCUAGAUAAUCAAAAUGAUUUUCACCAGUCUUUGCACAAGGUUGCUGCAAAGUUAAAAGAAUUAAUGAUGAAGAAAGGAAGUAUGAUGAUCAACUAUCAACCACUUCGAAACUGGCCAAACUUCUUCCGUUUCGUUGUGCAGAACUCUGCUGUCACACAUGCUGAUAUUGACUAUUUUUUGGAGGAAUUGGAUCGACUUGGAUCUAGUCUUUGAAUGUUUCUCUGCUAGAAUAUUGAAAUAAUUUGUGAGAUUAAGUAUUAAUUUAUUUGUCAAAGUGGAAUUUCAUCAUUAAUGAACUUUCAAGAAAAAGUAUAUUUUCAGGUGGAUUAAAAUAUUACUGAACAAGUAUACUAAAACUGACACUUGAAAGAACACUGAAACACAGUUGUCAAAUACAUAAGGUCAACACAAAAAAUAUUUUCAGAUAAAUUAUCUGCAGUGUGCUGCUCUUUCUUUUGACUUGCCUUUUAUUGCAGAGAAAAGUUUUCUAUAUUUACCUUUACAUUUCCUAAUCAAUCAUUAAAAGCAAUUAAUGGUGUGAAUAGUAUGGGUAAGCAGCAUAUUUUUAAACAUCAAAUGCAUUUCUUUGCUGAUGUUAUUGGCUAGUGUUAUGACAAACAGAUUACAAAUAUUUCAAAGAACUGUCAAGUAUUCUGAAAUUAUUCUUUAAUCACAGAAAUUAAACAAUGCAUCAUUUUUUUGGAAUGCUGUACAGUUGAUUUUACCACAAGCAGUUAAGACAAUAAGGGAAGCAAGAAAUAAUUUGCCAGUGUGAAACAUUGUAAAUGUAAUGGAUCUUUUAAAAUAUGCUAUUUUGUGUUUUACUAAUUCGCUGAUGUAAUAUUUUAACAGGAGAACUUUGUACAUAUCAUUGAAAUAAACAUGAUACUGCCAUCAACAUCUCAAUGCCAAUGAAGAACGUUUAAUGUAAUGUUGUUGUGUUUGAGAUAAAUAUACUGUUUGCAGUUGUGAUUCCCUCUAAGCCUGUAGAAGACCUAAUCCACUGUAACACAUACAAAAUGUAACAAACAGGACAUCAGUAUCAUGUCUAAUGUUUUGCUGGCAAAAUUGUCAUUUUAUGCUUGGGAUCACAGUCACAUUAAAUUUCUUGAUUUAAAUCAUCGAGCUAUUUCUUAUUUUAAACAGACAACCUAUUUCAGUAAUAAUUUGUUUGUUAUGUCACUUGGUAGUGCCUUAGGGAAUGAAGUUAGCUAAUAGUCAGUGAAACAAAGUG